AAGCGGCCUGCUGUCUGCACUGACUACGUGACAGCAACUGCUUUAACCAUGGCUCUGACUCUGGCCUUGAUUGUGCAUUAAAUUCAUAUAACUAGAACUCAGAUUGCCUUGCCCCGUCGGGCCUAACAUUAUACCCUGGGGUCCAUGUCCAUUCUACCUUAACCACUCCUCAACACAUCAUCCCUUUGGAGGAAAGCUGGGCCAUGAGGAGCAAGGCCAUUGUCUGCCAGAAGCCAGCCUGCACAGGGCUUGAAAGGUCAUCUGAGGCACACAAAAAGACAACAGACAAAACUUCAUCUCAUAUGGGACUUUGGGUUGUGGAGUCUCCUUCUGGGAAGUCUUCAAAACCCACCUGGAUGUGUUCCCGUGUUACCUGAUCUAAGAGGACCUGCUUUAGCAGGGGGUUGUACUAGAUGAUCUCUAAAGGUCCCUUUCAGCCCCCACCAUUCAAUGAUUCUAUGAUUUUAGGGAAGGAAAGAGCAAACAAAAACCGUCAACUACUUCCAUCCUCUUAGCAAAGCCCAUUACAAAACUAAUUGUAUGAAGAAGGCAGAGCACAGUCAAUGUCUCUCAGUAACUUGAUGUCAAGUUUUCCCCUAGAUGAUGUCAUCCAGUAGAACUGAAAGGUCCUUCCAAGCAGUCAGUGCAGGGGAGGCUGCCUGUGACAUCACAGUGGCCAGUGCUGGGGUGCUCACCUGCACCAGCACCCAGGCAGUCAGUAGUGCAGGGGCGUUAACAUCUGCCACAACAUGCAGCACACACCAUCUCCAACCAAGGCAGCUGCCCACAGCUCUGCCUCCAGGGAUGAUGCUGCUGUGCUUGCAAAGAAAGGCUACAGACUGAAGAAGACGCUAGGAGAAGGCUCUUAUGGCAAAGUGAAAUCCGCUUACUCGGAGCGGCUGAAACGUGAUGUGGCUGUCAAGAUAAUCGACAAGAAAAAACUGACUCAGGACAACCUUGAAAGAUUUCUCCCCAGGGAAGUAGAGGCCUUGAAAUGUCUGCACCACCCCUCAAUCAUCGAAGUCUUUGAUAUUUUUGAGACAUCGGGUGGGAAAGUGUAUAUUGUGAUGGAGCUGGGGGAAAAGGGAGACCUGCUGGACUACAUCCAGACCACAGGAGCUAUGGAAGAGGACACGGCUUGCAGCAAGUUCCAGCAGUUGGCAUCUGCCAUCAAGUACUGCCAUGACUUGGACCUUGCUCACAGGGAUCUCAAAUGCGAGAACAUCCUUCUUGAUGCAGGUUUCAACAUUAAGCUGUCAGACUUUGGCUACUCCAAAUUCUUGUCCCGGGACGCAAACAGAAGGAUCAUUCUCAGCAAAACCUUCUGUGGGUCUUCUGCGUAUGCAGCCCCUGAGGUGCUGGAGGGCAUUCCCUAUGACCCCAGGAUUUCUGACAUGUGGAGUCUGGGUGUCAUCUUGUAUUCAAUGCUCUUUGCUUUAAUGCCAUUUGAUGAUUCCAAUAUCAAGGAAAUGGUUCGUGCUCAGAAACGACACAAGAUUCACUUCUCCAAGUCAAAACAUUUGACUAAGGAGAGCAAGAACCUCAUUUACCGCCUGCUCCACCCCAGUGUGUCUCACAGGUUGGGCAUAGAUGAAGUUUUAGAACACCCAUGGUUGCAGGCUCCAAAAUCCACGAUCCCUUCACCUUUGCCAGAGGCAGAAGAGGGGGAGUGUUCCCAAAGCCUUGCUAAAAGAAAGCCUGAGCACAAGCAGCAAGCCAAACCCCAUUCUGCAGAAGAGGGUGAGUGUUCCCAAAGCCUCGGUAAAAGAAGGCCUGAGCACAAGCAGCAAGCUAAACCCCAUUCUGCAGAAGAGGAAGGACAGAAGGAAUUGGGACCCUCUUAAGGAUGGCUGGUUUUAGCAAUAUUCCUGAGUUAGUCUAACCUGUGAACUCUGGUGGUUCUCAGCUUCAGCUUCCCUGGGUCUUCAUCAAUAUUUCUCAUCUUUUGCUUUACAAAAUAUAGCAACGGUAGACACAGCACAUCUGCUGAGGUGAAUAAACAGCUUAACACUGUUAUUCUCAAAAGACCUGUCUCUGACAUGGUUUGUGGGGAUAAGUUACUGUCAGAACAUAUUGGUAAGUGGU